AGGAGGAAAUGUUGAAAAUUCUCAUAGUGGUGUCAUGGAUAAUACUAUUACUACAGAUGCUCUUCCUACCUUGAUCAACAACAACAAUAUUACUCAUGAACAAGAAUUGGUCAGUGACAUUGAUGACUUGAUGCUCAGUAAUCUGUUUAUGGAUCAGCAGAACAACUAUGAACCUUCUCCUCCUCCUUUUCAGCAACAAGAUGGAGAUCAAGAUCAACUUCCUCCCGACUUUGCUAGUUUCUUAUAUCAAGUUGAAGUGCCGGACCCUUCUGCGGACCAAGUUUCAAACUCUGACUCUUACCAUGUCGAAGAUAAUGCAGCUAAUGAACAAUCUUGGAACCAGCAGCAGCAGCAGGAGGGUGGUGAUCAACAAGUCGUCAACCCCGAAUUCGGUGGCAACGUCUUUGACUCAGAGGACUACAGCAUAUUAUUUAAUCCAGAGCACCCUUUUCAGGAUUGUGAUGAUGAUUUCUUAAAUGCCAUAUUGGAUGCUGAUAUGUAAUUUGUAUUGAAAGCAGUCA